AUGUUUCCAAGAUACGCGCCGUUUGUCUCUACACCUGGAAGUGCGUGGCAAUCGAUGGUGACACCAUUGCAGCAUUCACUAGCCGCCUCAAGUGCAGCCGUAUCUGCGAACAACGAUCUCAGAGCAUUUGACUCAGGUUAG